AUGGCUUACUUUGGAAAACCUGCAAUCAUGGUACCAAUCUUUGGCGAUCAACCGAGGAAUGCCAACAUGUACGCCAAACACGGUGCGGCUAUCGUUCUAAGUAAAUCCGACCUGCGGUAUCCAGAAGUGCUCAGGGAUUCUCUCAAAAGGAUCCUUUACGAUGAAAGCUUUACCAAAAACGCCAAGAGAUUGUCAGAAAUGCUGCAGAAUCAGCCAGUCAAUGCCAAGCAGCUCCUUAUCAAACACAGCGAAUUUGCUGCUAGGUUAGUUGAAGUUAGGAAGGAUACGUGA